GUCCAGCCCUCAGUGCUGUCCCAUCCAGCAGGGCUGCCCUGAAACUCUGGCUGCAGCCCUCCCGUCCAGCGGGCAGGCGGCUUCAUCCCUCCUUUCUCUCCCAAAGCCCAACUGCUGUCACUGCAUGCUCUGCCAAGGAGGAGGGAACUGCAGUGACAGCAGGAGUAAGAGUGGGAGGCAGGACAGAGCUGGGACACAGGUAUGGAGAGGGGGUUCAGCGAGCCUAGAGAGGGCAGACGAUCAGGGUGCCGGCGGUGAGAAUCCAGGGAGAGGAGCGGAAACAGAAAAGGGGCAGAAGACCGGGGCACUUGUGGGUUGCAGAGCCCCUCAGCCAUGUUGGGAGCCAAGCCACACUGGCUGCCAGGUCUCCUACACAGUCCCGGGCUGCCCUUGGUUCUGGUGCUUCUGGCCCUGGGGGCCGGGUGGGCCCAGGAGGGGUCAGAGCCCGUCCUGCUGGAGGGGGAGUGCCUGGUGGUCUGUGAGCCUGGCCGAGCUGCUGCAGGGGGGCCCGGGGGAGCAGCCCUGGGAGAGGCGCCCCCUGGGCGAGUGGCAUUUGCUGCGGUCCGAAGCCACCACCAUGAGCCAGCAGGGGAAACCGGCAAUGGCACCAGUGGGGCCAUCUACUUCGACCAGGUCCUGGUGAACGAGGGCGGUGGCUUUGACCGGGCCUCUGGCUCCUUCGUAGCCCCUGUCCGGGGUGUCUACAGCUUCCGGUUCCAUGUGGUGAAGGUGUACAACCGCCAAACUGUCCAGGUGAGCCUGAUGCUGAACACGUGGCCUGUCAUCUCAGCCUUUGCCAAUGACCCUGACGUGACCCGGGAGGCAGCCACCAGCUCUGUGCUACUGCCCUUGGACCCCGGGGACCGAGUGUCUCUGCGCCUGCGUCGGGGGAAUCUACUGGGUGGUUGGAAAUACUCAAGUUUCUCUGGCUUCCUCAUCUUCCCUCUCUGAGGACCCAAGCCUUUCAAGCACAAGAAUCCAGCCCCUGACAACUUUCUUCUGCCCUCUCUUGCCCCAGAAACAGCAGAGGCAGGAGAGAGACUCCCUCUGGCUGCCUAUCCCACCUCUUUGCAUGGGACCCUGUGCCAAACACCCAAGUUUAAGAGAAGAGUAGAGCUGUGGCAUAUCCAGACCAGGCCUUUCCACCCAUCCACCCCCAGUUACCCUCCCGGCCACCUGCUGCAUCUGUUCCUGCCUGCAGCCCUAGGAUCAGGGCAAGGUUUGGCAAGAAGGAAGAUCUGCACUACUUUGCGGCCUCUGCUCCUCCGGUUCCCCCACCCCAGCUUCCUGCUCAAUGCUGUUCAGGGACAGGUGGCGCAGGUGAGCCUGACAGGCCCCCACAGGAGCCCAGAUGGACAAGCCUCAGCGUACCCUGCAGGCUUCUUCCUGUGAGGAAAGCCAGCAUCACGGAUCUCAGCCAGCACCGUCAGAAGCUGAACCAGCACCGUAUGGGCUAGGGUGGGAGGCUCAGCCACAGGCAGAAGGGUGGGAAGGGCCUGGAGUCUGUGGCUGGUGAGGAAGGAAGGAGGGUGUAUUGUCUAGACUGAACAUGGUACACAUUCUGCAUGUAUAGCAGAGCAGCCAGCAGGCAGCAAUCCUGGCUGUCCUUCUAUGCUGGAUCCCAGAUAGACUCUGGCCCUUACCUCCCCACCUGAGACUAGGGUGAGUGUGUUUGCUCUGGCUGAGAGCAGAGCUGAGAGCAGGUAUACAGAGCUGGAAGUGGACCAUGGAAAACAUCGAUAACCAUGCAUCCUCUUGCUUGGCCACCUCCUGAAACUGCUCCACCUUUGAAGUUUGAACUUUAGUCCCUCCACACUCUGACUGCUGCCUCCUUCCUCCCAGCUCUCUCACUGAGUUAUCUUCACUGUACCUGUUCCAGCCUAUCCCCACCAUCUCUCUUUCUCCUGAUCUGUGCUGUCUUAUUCUCCUCCUUAGGCUUCCUAUUACCUGGGAUUCCAUGAUUCAUUCCUUCAGACCCUCUCCUGCCAGUGUGCUAAACCCUCCCUCUCUCUUUCUUAUCCCGCUGUCCCAUUGGCCCAGCCUGGAUGAAUCUAUCAAUAAAACAACUAGAGAAUGGUGGUCAGUGAGACACUAUAGGAUUACUAAACAGAAGAUGCCUCUGGAGUUUGGAUCGGGUGUUACAGGUACAAGUAGGUAUGUUGCAGAGGAAAAUAAAUAUCAAACUGUAUACUAAAAUUACAUUUUAAAAGUUGAAUAAUGUUUGAGUUAAAUAGGAAAUACCAAGGUGAAUUUGUGGUUUUGAAAAUAAAUAAUUUUUUGAACUGUCACUAAUCCUAAAAACAACAUCAGGAACAAUCUGACAUCCAUUCUUAGAAACUGGAUCUUUGCUUCAAAUAUUAGUCACCAUUAAAAAGAAAUACCAAAAACCCUCAGGUUCCUUGGAGAAUAGCUGCACACCUUAAGUAACUCCAGGCCCAGAACAUGUUGUUGAUGACAGAAAGCAAAGAUACUUUUUAAAUGUAUAAAGUAAAGCUGAAAAGGCAAAGGAAUCAAUUUAAAGAAGCUCCCACUUGACAUGCUUUGACAAUUUGAUUAUCAAAAGGAAAAUAAUAUAGUUAAUUGGAACGAGGUGAAUUUUUUAAAUCCAUGUACCUGCAAUGAUAUUCAAAAAGGAAGAAGUCACUAUAAAGUGUGACAAAAAUUAGUUAAUAUACUGAGUGAAGAAGAGUGAAUAUAAUAGGCUAUUUUUAGUGAGUCGUGAUAAGUACAAGAACAUAAAUAUAGUAGGCAUUUUGUCUAUUUGCAAGGUACGUUUGUUUUUCUUUAUCUAUGUAAGUAGGGAGGGGUGAGUACAGAGAACUGUGAGUAAUUCCAAGAAGAUCUGGCACUGUGCCAAGAAUGAAAGAUGCUGGUGGAACUAUUUGGGUAUAUUUUGCAACUAAGAAGAAAAACAGUCCAAUGGCGUGUUAUAAGACAAUGGAUUAGUCAGAUGUCCAAAAGACAACUGUUCACUGCUCAGGCUUGAUCGUUCAUCUCCUGGAAAAUGGAUCCUCUGUAUUACCCCACUAAUUAUAAUGAGAUAUUAAUUAGGCAAAACGAUUAAGAGUAGGUUUGGCUGUAACAGUAAAACCCAAAAUAAGAAUAGCUUAAACAAAAUAGGAAAUCAUUUUUAUCUCACAUAGAAAAAUCUGUAAAUAAGAGUCCAGGGAUGGAUGGCAGCCUUCUGAUCAUUUGAAAGCCCAGUCUUCUGUCUUGUUCUACCAUCCUUAGCUUGCCACCUCAUGACCCAAGACGGCUCCCUGAGCUCCAGACAUUACAUCAGCCUAACAGGAAGGAGGAAGGAAGAAACAACACAUCUCUUUCCUUGAAAGAAGCUUUCUGAAAUAUGCACCAAUAUUUCUGAUUGUGUCUCAGUAGAAUUUAGUCACCCGGGCUCACCAAGCCAGGGAGCGAGGCUGGGAGCUAUAGUGUUUAUUCCAGGCAGCCAUGUCCAGCCAGAAGUUGGGAGUUUUAUAAUAAGGAAGAAGGGGAAAUUAGCUAUUGGGGAAGACAACUAGAAGUUGUUUUUUAUUGUUGUUUUUUGAGGCAGAGUCAUGCUCUGUCGACCAGGCCGGAGUGCAGCGGUGCAAUUUCAGCUCACUGCAACCUCCACCUCCUGGGUUCAAGCAAUUCUCAUGCCUCAGCCUCCCGAGUAGCUGGGAUUACAGGUGCGAGCCACCACACCCAGCUAAUUUUUUGUAUUUUUAGUAAAGAUGCGGUUUCACCAUGUUGUCCAGGCUGGUCUCAAACUCCUGGCCUCAUGUGAUCUGAUUACAGGUGUGAGCUACCACAUCUGGCCACAAAGUACUACCAACUUGGUGGCUUAAAACAACUAUUUAUUACCUCACAGUUUCUGUGGGUCAGAAGUCCAACAAAACGUGACUGGCUUCUCUGCUCAGGGUUUCACAAGAUCAAAAGCAAAGUAUAAGCAGGGAAGCCUUCCUUACUGGAGAGGAAGAAUUCACUUCUAAACUCAUUUAAAGUUCAGUUCCUUACGGUUGUAGGACUUAGGUCCUAGCCCCCUCCAUUCUCAAGCCAACAACUGCAAGCCAAGUCCUUCUCACACUUUAAAUCUCUCAGGCCUACCUUUCUACCACAUCUCUCUGACUUCCGUGUAGAAAGUUCUCUGAGUUUAGGGACUCGUGUGAUUAGGCCCACCCAGAUAAGCCAGGAUAAUCUCCCUAUUUUAAGGUCCACAACCUGAAUUGCAUAUUUGAAGUUCGUUUUGCCAUGUAACAUAACAUAUUCACAGGUUCCAGGGAUCAAGGCAUGGACAUCUUCAGGACAUCUGCAUAUCAGAGUCACUAAACUUAAAGAUGGCAUCAUGUAGAGAAAAGGCAUCCAGCUACAAUACCACUGCAUGGAAAACAUAUGGGCUUGAAAAUUUCACAUGAUAUAUACAAGAUAAACACCAGCUCAGAUUUUAAUCAUUUUAGAAGGUGAACCAAUUCCCAGGUCCCAACCAAAAAUUCAUUGAUUAAUAAUCCAAAACUUGAUCUACAUUGAGAUAUAUUUUUAUUUUAGAUAUCUAAAUUCAAAAAUUGGCCUGAGCUGAGAUAAUGUCUCUCAGGUCUACCACCCAUUUUUAUAGUGGAUUUAAGCAUAGGUGUUAUAAACUUUAUAAUCCUUAUAAUGGUAUGUGUCCCUUACCAAAAUGAAGCUUUUAGAGAAACUGACAUAUUAGUGAUUCAGUUGAAAUAUUUAGGAGGAUUUGAUUGUUUUUAAUCAAUGUUUAAAUAAUUUGACUUGUUAAAUGUAUAGAUUUUGAUUUGCUGGUUAUAGAAAUCGUGUUCAAAUAUUUAGACAAUUUUUCCUUCAGUAGGUUUGUGAAUAGAUUAAACAAUAAAUAAAGCACAGG